AUGGGAAUGCUGCCAGACCUUCCCGACUCGAAGACGCUCGUGCCUUCAUCGCUCAGCCUCGUGGCCCAAAAGGAGAAAAAGCUGCAACUUGAGGCCACUCAGCUCGACCAGCUGCUGGGCGAGCGCCACGAGACGCUCUGCGUCUUGCGAGACCGGCACGAGCACCUGCUCACGACCAAUGGCCGGCUACAAGAGAGGCGUCGUGGACAUUGGGAGAAGCUUGUGGCACUGCGGGCACAGCUAGGAGAUGCUCGUCCUGCAGCAGGAGACAGUAGGAAGGGCGACGCUCUUACUAGCGACGUGAUCGGAGGGAAGGAACUGGAAGCCACAGCGGACAAGUGUCGAGUGUUGACGGACGUUUUACGCGCACUGGCGGAGAAAUACACGGGCUUGGAGCGGCAGUGUAUGGGACUGAAAGAGCAGUCGACACGGGAAUCGGCGGCGCUUGCAGUAAAGACCGAGCACUUGAAUGAAGCUCGGAGCACAUUGUGCCUCAUGCUGGAAGACACGCACUCGACGAUAUGGAACCUCGAGUACGAUCAAGUUGAGCUUGCGGAGGCGAACAGGUAUCUUGAUGGUGUCAGCCAGCGUGCGCAGCAUGAAGCCGCAACGAUUGAGAAAAUGGACCGUGCUUUGACGACCGAAAAGGCUGCAGUGGACGACCUCCAGAUCAGCUGGCAAACCUACGAAGGUAUGGCGAAUGAAGAGCACCGCCAGUUCUUAAUUUCCAAUGCAGACGCGACAAGUGAACAGCGCGAGCUCCAGAAAUUAUUUGAGAGCAAUGGGCCGACAUGCCCGGCUGAUGAAGAAGUCUUGCAACUGGCCAAAGAGCUACAAACGCGGUUGCAGCAUGUCAACGACGAGGUGGCGAACACGAAAUUUUACAAACGAGAGCUAGCUCUGCGACGGAAACAAGAAAAGGAGUGGCUCGUAUUUACACAGUCGAGCAUAAAGGCAAAAGACGAACAGCUUACUUGGCUGGAGCGCCAGCGCAAGCACUUGGAGAAUGAGCUGAAAGAAGCAGAAAAGACACGCGAUGCUAACGAAGCUGAUUACCAAGCGUUUCUCUACGAAUACAACACAGCAGUAGCUCUGCAUGAUAGCCAACUGCAGGAUGCUGAAAAACAGUUGAAGGCAACAGAGCGGGCCAUCUGCGCCGGCAACAAAAGGGUGGCCGCUGCCAACAAAAAGAUCGCUCAGAAGACCAAGGUGCUUGCAGAGUCGCAGACCAAACUGUCCGCAAAGCAAGAGGAAUUGAAAAAAUCUACAGCUACCCAAACGCUUGUCGACGCUGAAGUACUAGCCUUGCAAAGUGCACUUGAGCAAGUACUGCGCAAUGUCGAACGUACUCAGCAACUCCGAGCUACGCGUGUCAUGGAGUCCGAGAAGCUGCGCUCAUCCUGCGCUAAAUUGGAGUCGGAAAUACAAGAUACACACCAGGAGCUGGCAGUGUUGACCGACAACGUUGCUGCAGCGCAAACUGCAGUGAAAAAUCAUACUGACGAAGUGCGCGACAAGUUCUUGGGCACUUUUGUCACUGAUGAUGCCGGUAGCUUAAUUGAACUGUUAAACAAAGAGAUCGCGAGUCGAGCAAUAUCAGGCACUAACAGGGCUGACGAUGACACGAUUGCUUGCCAGACCGACAUGCUCAAGCAGAAAUAUAAGGAGGCCUCAGCCACCGCUCGCAGAAAAUUUGGCACGAUCUUGCGACAAAAGGAAAAGCAAUACAACGCCAUGGUUGCAAAGAGCGCUGGUGCAUCCACAGCAUGCAACAUGCAUCGCACGGAUAGGGAAAUGCUUGCGAAAGAAUCAGCGUGCGCAAACCCCACACCUGCGCUGUGUGCGACCGGGCACGAUCCUGCAGCGGAUAGCAGCAUGGAAAUGUCAACACCUGUAAACGGUUGUGAAGACAACGAGAUUGAAGUUCAGCAGACUGGCCCGCCAAAUGUGGAACGCCUUAGUAAUGCUGCCACAGCUAACAAGGAUACAGGUGCUGAGAAAUGUCUUAUAAAGCCAAGGAAGCAAAAGACAAAAGGAGUGCAGAAGCUAGUUCCGAAGUCUGCUCGACGCCAGCUAGCGCCUGGCUUAAGCUCGGCGGACGAGUCGCCGCAGACUGAUAACGAACUGACGGAAGUUUUUACUACUGACGCCGGUGUUAUAGUCCGAGUAAACGAGGCAACAAAGGAUGGUCAGUCGACGUUUUCGAGACAACGCAAGCGAAGUGACACACGCGAGCCUCGGCUAAAACGGCGCACACCAGCGCAGAAAGCUGGAAAACCAGCACAGAUUGCAAGUAUAACACCAACUGCACUCAUAGCAAGUGUCACUGCAAGUGACGCAAGCACCACAUCGAGUGCCCAACCAGGUCUUGCCGCCGACAUGGCGAGCCAAGACUCUCUCGAAUCUCAAAUCCGCAGCGAGGAUGAUCGUGAGACAUCGCAACCUGUACUAGCAACGCAGGAUUCCAAUACGGCAGCGCUACCAGUUCAGGUUACUGUCAAUAAGACACAGGUACUGAAGGCAAGCUCGCACAGCAAAAACACUUCCAAGAGUCGCACGACGACAAAGCCAUCGCACCGGUCUCGUCAGCUUAAGACGAAAAAAGUCAGCCGCAUCUCACUCGGACGCUCACAAAUCAGCGGUAGCAUCGCGGAUUGGUCUGCCGCAGACACGUUUUCGUUCGACUGA